UUUUUAUCUCAUAUCAUUGCAUGUUUCUAAAACAAACAAAAAAAUAUCUGACGUCCGAAUCUUUCGCUAAUUCUAAUAUUACCGUACCUGAAAUAAUACGAAAUCGCGCGGCAUCUACUAACAGUGUUUUAAGUGGUAGAAGAGAUUCUGCUAUUAAAGGAACCGAUGAUCACAAUCGUACUAUAGUUUUUCAGGUAGGCCGAUUUGAUUUGAGGUUGAUUAGUCCAGAUAGAAAGCAAGUUCUUCUGCACAAACAAUUAAAAGACGUGGCAAGUUGCGCACAGACAAUUAGUGCAUCAAGCUUUUCUUACGACUUGCGAUGUUGCAAGAAAAGAGGUAUCCUGUAUUUUCUUACGAACAUUGUCGUAUGUACUGAUAAAAUAAAUAAUGCCAAGAAAUUGAAGGACAAAAUGAUAAAAAAGUGCAAAGCAUUAUUUUUUCCCGUAUGGAAUUAUUGCCGGAGGACGAGCAGGAGAUCGUGAUAAGCAAAUAUAAGGAUGCCAAGGCUGCAGGUAAUAUUGGUGCAAGUUCCUCGAGUUUACGAGAGCAAAAUCAAUUCUUAAUGCGAUUAUUGCGUGCUCAUUGCGAGUCAAAACAAGCUAGACACGUACAUGAUACGGUUGAGAAUAGGCAAUGCAGUAUAUUGAGUGAAUUUCUCAAUCAAUAUCUAAGUGUCGGCAUAGGUAGCAUGAUAUUCAUGAAAGCAAAGCGCUCUCUUACGAAUAGUUUCGACACUCUUAUGAAGAGAAAAGGUUCACGUGACAAUUUUGGCUUAGGCCCGCAAUUGAGAGAUCUGAAUGCAGUAGUACAAAAGAAUGAUAGUCAAAAUCCAGAUAACUCGUGACAGUCAUCUAUACUGGAUAUUUCACCGGAAUCGAGUAGAUCAAGAUCAUUAUGUGUUUCGCCUGAACAACAAAUAGAUGUAAAUAACGGACGAAAGAGUUCCAUGAUGGAUAUCUUUUUAAAAGUUGGCAAUUCCGAAAACAUCCCCAAUGGACUGAUGGAAGUAGCACAAGUAGCCAAUAGUUCGUGACGACAAACGAUACUAAACAGAGUUAUGACACCGAAUAAAGAUCAUAACGCUAGAGAAAUUGAAAAAAUUAAUAUUCUCAAAAGUUCGUAAAAUGUAGAUCAAAACAAAAAUUACGAGACUUGUGAAAGAAAGCGAUUAAUCAACAAUUGAUAUCAUGCAAUUAUAUUCAGAAAGCGAUCAAUGUUGCAUGACGGUUUUACAUAAACAAUGGAUACGCUAAUUGAUUUGAUGUCUAUUGCUAGGCCAUCAUUAAAUAGAACGUUACCGAGCAAAAUUGUCAUGGCGCGGUUGAUCUUGCAAAAUUAUUUGUCUGCAAACAAAAAGAACAUCACGAAGAAAUACGCACACGUUCGAGAAUUCUACAUUAUUGUGUAAUAUUUUGUAUAUGAGCGAUUUUUAUAAGAUUUAUAUUCUAU